GCACAGGAUUUUAGUUGUAUGUCCCUGUUGGAAUCAGGACUGACAGAGCCCUAGUACUGAUCCCCCUCUGGGUGUGAGGCUGCGGGAGUUGCACAUAGAAAUCCUGUAUAAAGAGGGAGAAGCAGAAGGAAAAUGGUUCCUCUGUACCGGAGCCUCAUGCUCUUUAUUCUGCUGAAAUGUAUUUUCCCAGAAAUGGAUGGGUUCCUCAGUCGGGCCAGUGGUUCCACAAUAGAUUGGGAGAAUCUGUGCUACAGUGAAAUAGAAAUAAAAGCCGGAGUAGGAGGAGAUGUGAUUCUACCAGUGAACAGACUGCAGACCGGAGCUUUUACUUGGCGACAUGAUAAUGGGCACAUCUUCUUGAAACUUGCUGAAACAGAACCAGGUGAAAAGAUAUGGGGCAUAGAGGAGCCAUUCACUGGGAGACUGAGCAGCACAGAGAAUGGCUCUUUAAUCAUCACUAAUGUAACCAUGAAGGACCCACCAUCCUACUUUAAAUGGUCAGAAGGGCCUGAGUGUAUCCAGAAGUAUUUUGUACGGGUUUACAAACCAGUAAAAGCUGAAGAUAUCCUGAUCCAUCACAAUGUCACUGGAAUGGGAACGUGUAACAUUACCCUGACCUGUGCCGUGGCCCAACCAGAAGUGACCAUCUCUUGGGAUGUAACCAAUCAGAUCGGCACAGAGGCGGAAGGAGACACUCUUCACAUCUAUAAUGUAGUUACAAAUGUUACUUACAGUUGUACAGCACGGAAUCCCAUCAGCAGGGCCUCCAGAUCUAUAAAUCCCUGGGAUCUCUGUUAUAAAGGAGCAGAGCCAGAGGGACCGAGACCUGCAACUGUUGCACCUUUCAGUGAGAAUGCGUUGGAAGAGAAUCAGAUCAUGAAAGACCAGGGUGUCCCACAUCCAGAUCUGGGAAAGAUUUAAAAACAUCUUCAGAAGGUAAAACAAAAGGAAAACAGACAGUACAGAAAGGUUCCACAGCCACAAAUACCAGUUUUACACAGUAAUUGUACAAUAAUUGCUAAUUGCAGACAACAGUGAAAUGAUCAGUAGUGCCCCUUACUCAUUCUCUCUCAUUGGGGUCAGGCCCCUUAUAGAGGGAAAAUAAAUGUACCUAAAUAUAAACGAAUCAGCCCUAUGUGAUGUACUAGUGCAACCGGAAUUUUUGGAACCAAGUGACUGAUUCUUGUCUGGUCUCAGCCUUAGAACUGACUGAUUAGAUUCACUUGUAUAUAUGUAUCUACCCACCCACGGCAUGGGAAUAGAUGGCCAACUCUUGACCAGCUCCUACUAAGGUCUCCUUCCAAGAAGCUCCAAGCUACUUUGCAGUCACCUCAGCCUUUAGUUAUUCUUGUUCAUUCAAACUAGAAGUGGAACGGGAGUCAGAGACCAUAAAUAUGUUGCUUCUCUAGAGUUCUGAGUGAGUUACUGGGGAGUUGGUUCUACUCAGGGCCGAAAGCUUGUACCCCAACUCCAAAAGCAAAACAAGAGGGAUAUAAUUAUAUAACAGAAUGUUGGAAUCUUGUUUGUUAUUUAAUAAAACUGUAUUUAUCCUUUAAAAUGUU